AUGGCAUCUUCAAUCGAGCGCGAUUCAAAAGCGGUGGAAAUCGCCAUCGAAGAUACCGCCACCGACGAGACGGAUUCUGGCCGGGUCAAUGCAAGACGCACGCUAGCCGUUAACGUAACCGGGAACAAUCGAAAUGGAAACCGUAGCCGAUCGAAUAGUCGUUCACCUGCCCGCAGAGCCAAGCGUGACACGGAGAAGGCCCGCACCGAUGCGAUUCCGCUGUUGCCGGGACAAAAUGAGUCUGAACUACCACGCCAGGAACCUCCCAUGGCAGGUCCGGAGCUGGAUGACGACGAGGACACGCUUGACACCGCGCUCGAUCUGGAUGAUCCUGGACGAAAUAAUGGUAUAGAUGAUGGUUUUUACGAUCCGAUCGACAACGGUAAACGGGAUGACAGUGGAACGAGAGCUGGACGUCGUGGGGGUCGUCGUAAUCAACAACCAGGUUUUCCGACAGGUCCUACCGGAUUCACGCCCGGUAUCGCUACAGAUGUUCCAACCACCAUCAAUGGGGAGAUCAUCCCUGACGUGAACGUGUACCAGCAAAAGAAGAAUCUCGCUCAGGGCAUGAUGGAUCUUGCGCUACUGUCUGCCAAUGCUAACCAGCUCCGUUACGUGCUGGACUCGAGCAGAAGCCACCCGUACUUCUACGUUAAUCUCAUCUUCAUCACGACGAGCAUCAUCGCGCAGGUUGUCGUUGGGAUCGGGUUGAUCUGGAAGAGUCGGUACAACAUCAAUAAGAACCGUGACUUGUGCAAAGCGGAUCGUCUCAACAAUCUCAUCACGAUCGGCAUCUUCAUCAUCACGCUCGUGAACGUAUUGAUAUCGGCAUUCGGUUUGGCCGGUCCUCAGCCAGUCACGUGACGUAUUCUAGCAAGCCAGAAGGACCUUAUGAGCAUAGAAUUAGGAUAGAUUCUAACGUACAACGGCGUGCACCAGGUACCCAAAUGAGGGCUUCAAUCUUAUGUGAGUUCUAGCAUAGCCAAGAUUCUGAACUUAAAAUCGAUAAAUCUGCAAGUGUGCCGUUGUGGGUGUUCAACUAGUUAAG